CUACAUGAAUCAUUAGUACACACGAUGAUUUCUAAGAGAGCACAUUCAGGACUCUUAGUUCUGUUCUUCACAUUUUGUGCUGUUUUUGCAGACGAUGCAGUUAUUAAAAGUAGUUUGACGUUCGUAAUAGAUGAUACGGCAUCCAUGUGGAAUGAAAUAAAGCAAGUGAAAGAAGAAGUUAACAUUAUAUUUGAGAAAGUGCUAAGUUCGAAGGCAUCACAGAUAGAAAAUUUUGUGCUCGUCACGUUCAACGAUCCGUACGCUAGCCAGCGUACCGUUACCACAAAACGGGAUGAAUUUAAAAGCGCUUUGGCUUCAAUACAUGUUCAUGGAGGCGGUGAUUGCCCAGAAGCUGCCAUGGAAGGCAUUAGCUUAGCACUUCGAAUUAGUAGGCCCCAUUCAUAUUUGUACGUUUUCACUGAUGCAUCAGCUAAAGACUACGCAAGGUUUGAGCAGGUCAAGAGUCUUUCACAGAAGAUGCAGAGUCAGAUUGUUUUUAUAUUGACUGGAGAAUGCAACGGCAGAAGGGGUGCUGAUUACCAAGUGUUUCACCAAUUGGCAGAGGCUACCUCUGGUCAAGUCUUCCAUAUGAUGAAAGAUGACGUGAAAGAUAUAUUGAAGUAUAUUGAAGAGUCUAUCACAGGCAUAGGAAGCAAGCUUGUCGACACAAAAUUACCGUCUGGUUAUGGUAAAAAUCUUACA